AAGUUUAUUUAUCUUCUUUUGCAUAGUUUACUCAAACUAGAUAAGCUUCUUCCUGCAGUGAAUCUUUCCGAUUUUCGCUGAUUCACCGGACGCAGCGACUCCCAGUAGCUCGAAAUUUGUGCCUCCGUGAUGCCUACUAUGAACCACCAAACUUGCAACCCUCAUAAAUGAAAUGAAUUUGAAAGCAUUGAAUACCCAUGCCCAUGCUGGGUUUCUCUGAGCGGUAUUUUUGUUGAUCCGCUUGACCUGUCAACUGCUUUGCGAUGUUCAGAAAGCUUUCCUGAUGUAUGUACAUUGCUCCUAAUUACAUCCCAUUCUUCCCAUUAAGUUAGGUUCAGUUCCCUUUGGCAGUGGUUAUGAGUAGAUCGAUAACAGGAAAGCAGUAUGUAGUGCAUCAAGUUGCUGACUUCAACCUAGGAUCAUAGGAUAUUGAACAACACAAGAUGGCGAAAUCGUCAAAAUCAGUGCUGUACCAAAAUCUUGCCGGAGAAUCAUUAGUAAUAGACACCAAAUCAUCUUCCUAUAGAGAUGUUAUUCUUCAGAAAGUAAAACUGAAAUACACUGAAGCAGUUCCAUCAUUUUCAAAGAGAAUUGAGCAGAGAUUUGCCGUUGACAAAUUAGUCUCUGGACAGUGUCGAAUAUGUGGAUUGAAAGAAAAGUCAUGCUGCAAAAUUUUUGAAACCGAUGAAACCCUGAGCAAGCUUGUGAAUACUUACAUGCCAAUCACGGUACAUAAAUAUGACGUGUUACCGCUAAAUGUUUGUCUCGAGUGUUUGGGAACCCUGCAAACCAUUGAUGAUCUUGCAUACAGAUGUUAUCUCACAGAAGCGUGCUUAUUGCAACACUACAAAGAUUAUAAAGACACUUCAAUAUUCCUGGACCCAAUUCAGGAGGAAGAAGAAAAACCGUACACACCAUUGCAUUUGCGGUUGCCAAGAAGUAGGGAAACUCCUCACCUAGCCGCAACUGUUGGGUUUCCUGCAAGGAGGAAAGGUAGCUCCAUACAUGGUCGGUUUUAUACUGAAAGUGAUAAGAUACAAGAGACCUUGAACCAGAGUAAAGCUGAAGCCCAAAUCUCGCUAAACCAACAGAAUGAUGAGGGAGAUGAAUCUCCCACUGAAGACUAUGUCUUUGAGGAAUCAAACCCUGUGGAAACAAUGGAAAUCGAUGAUGAUGAUAAUGAGGAAAAAGAAGUUGUCAAAAAUUGUCUCAAAGCCAAUCUCCACAAAAUUCUCCUUGGUGGAAAUUCGACUAAGAGAUCAACCACCUUAGUUUCAAAACAUGCCCCAAUAUCAACCAAUCAGUCUCAAAGUCAGAAUCUCUCGCAUGACCAUGCAUACAGUCAUCUAAAACCAAAGAAGGUCUCUACUUCGCCUGGAGCUAACGUAUCCAACGUUCCUGCUUUCUUCUCAAAUUCAAAAAUCCAAACUCUGGAAGAAGCUGAUGCAGUGAAGAAUAUAGCUACUGAGGCUCUGGCUGAAUUGGACAAAAACUCACGAGAUAACAGGACAUUGUUGAAUCUUUCGGAAAUUUUAAAUACCACAAGUCAAGAGCUAGAUGAACCUGUGUAUAUCAUUCUAGUCAACGACGAGGAUGCAGAGAAGUCAAAGCAACAAACUAACACCCACAAGCCGAAGUUUAUCAAUCUAGCUGUUGACACCAUCGAACCACCGGAGACAAACCAACAGAUUAACAAUACAACUGAUCCCUCAGGAACUGAGACCCAAACUACUGAAAAAUUAUCUGAAAGUAUGGAUGUAGAAAACCACCCCGCAGACGAUGAUUGUCAAGUCAUCAAGGAAUCAGAAACUCCCAGCAUAACUGGAAAUGAUCAAGUUGAUGAAAUAGUCUCCACUAAUGAAGGAACUGGAGUCAAUCCUGAUGAAGAGCUAGCCAAGUUUUCAGAAUCCCUUCAGACAGAACAGAUUAAGAGGUGGUUCACAAUACAAAUUUUGAAAACACCAAAUGAAGGUGAAGAAACCAAAGAUGAAGAUGAAGGUGUCAUGCUGGUCACGUACGUUGUUUACUACUCAAAAAUAAACAACAAACUGGUUCCUCAUCAUUUCUCUCUGAUGAAUGAUUCUUUCACAGAGGUCACUCGUCGCCGAGCUUACUCGAUCAUCAGCACCAUGUUAAAAGAGGAGAAGAAUCGAGUUCUUCAAUACUUAGAGAAUAAUCCACAGAAAAAACCACAAAAAAGUCCAAAACCAGCAGCCCCUAAACUUCCACCCAAGAAGCCGUUCAGGACAACUUGCUGCUUCUGCAAUAAAACUAUGAAAGAGCAAGAAUUGACCGCUCAUUCAGUUGCUAAUCACAUGGUACGCUGCAAGUAUUGUCGAGUGAUUUUCACUUCCAAAGAUGAACUGAUACUACAUGAAUGUGAGGUUCACGAAAAGAAAUCAACGGAUUGUGAGACGUGCAAUAAAAAAUUCUACGAUGAAGAAGAUAAAUUCUUCUGCUCUCAUAAUUUUAAUUGCUCCAUUUGCAAGAAGCAGUUUACCGACUGGAAUGAGUACCUGCAUCAUGAGAAAAUUCACGCCAAUUCACUUGCCCUCAAAUUCAUUCGAGACUUCAGAGUGGACUUCAAUCGUACAAAUCAGUGGACGAAAAGUGAAGAGACUGAGAAAGUCUAUAACUUUGGGUGCUCCACUUGUGGAAAAAAGUUUGAAAGCAUGGUUGAGAUGGAGCGGUGUGAUCACUUGUAUGAUUGCCGAGUGUGCAAAAAUCAAUUCAGUAACUAUCCUCUGUUUGUCACUCAUGGUUGUAUCCACAAUCCGGAACUGCUCAGAAUUGUCUGCAAGAAAAAAUCACAGAAGAAGCUCAUUGUCCAGUGCGGACUUUGUGAGGAGCAAUUUCAUGAACAAAAGGAUUACUUGGCUCAUUACUAUAACUGCAUGCUAAAGCAUGGUGUCCAAGUGGAUCUAUCAGAGGAAAUAAAGGCAUUGCAGACCAAUUCACCUGUCAAUUGUAUCUUCUGUGGUGAAUAUUUCAAGUCCAUCUUUAUCUUUGAACUCCACUAUAAUCAAUGCUUCAAGAUCAAUUCUACAGAAUGUGAUGAAUGUGACGCAAUAAUUCCAUCUAGACUUCGUGGUUCUCAUUUACUGUACUGUGACACAAAGACCUUGUGUGAUAACUGCGGAACAACGUUCCCCUCAAAAAAAUUGUAUCGCCAACACCUGAGGCAGCAGCUAGAUGGCUCAACUGUUUGCAUCACAUCAAGUGACUUCAAAGAUUUUUCAUUCAAUGGCUACAUAUCAGAAGGGUUUGAUCCAAACAACUGUCAUAUCUGUGGUAAAAUCUUUGUGAAUGGCAACACCCUCGAUCGCCAUGUGAAGAGCGUCCAUCUAGGCCUGGAAAAAUCUUGUCCGCUGUGUGGAGUGAAGUUCCAGAAACACAAUUCAAUAACCAUGUUCUUACGACAUCGCAAAACCCAUCCAGAAGAUGAAUUGAAAGAUAUAUCGUGUGGAGAGUCCUAUGGAAGUACCCAAUGUCCGACGUGCGAAAAAUGGUUUUCAUCCAGGCUUCUGAAACUUACACACGAAAUAUACUACCAUGAUAAGAUUCUUCACAAAUGCGAAGGUUGUGAAACAGAGUUCCUUAAUUUAAUCAAUUUGAGAAGUCAUGAGACAAAGUGCAAACCAAUGAGGAAGGACAGAUCUGUAUAUACUUGUGAGCACUGUGAAGCAACUUUCCCGAAAGUACACUUGUACUACCAGCACCUCGAAACUCAUGAUAUUACUUAUACCUGUGAAGAAUGUGGGAAAACCUUCAAGAAGAAAACCAAUUUGAGCAAGCACAAGGAAACAGCACACACCAAAACUCCAACAAUUUGUGAUGUGUGUGGAAGAGAAUUUUCAUGCGAGAAAUAUUGCAAGAUUCACAAACGAAACUUGCAUGGGGACCAGAGCUUCCUUUGUCAGAUUUGUGGUAAAACAUUCCAUAACAGUAAGAGAUUGAAAUUACAUGCAUCAGUACACUCCGGAUUGAAACCUUACAAAUGUCGCUUCUGUGAAAAGAGUUUCCGAACACACACAAUCAGGAACGUCCAUGAAGAUAAACACAAGAACGAUUUUAGAUAUGAGUGUAAUUUCUGCCAGCAUAAAUUCUCACGAUUCAUAAACCUUUACGUUCAUAAAAGGAAGGUUCAUGCAGACAAAUGCACGUACCAAUGUUCAAAGUGUGGAUGUGGUUACAAUGACGUUGAGUUCUUCACUAAUCACCAAGCGAAAUGUGGAGGAAAGAGGAAAAGGCCGAAGCCAGGCGUUGAAAGAGCCACAUGGUGUCCCUACUGUGACAAGACGUUCGGUUCUGCCAAACUUUUAAAAGCUCAUUAUUCCCAAGGUAGUGGUGAUGGAAACUUUGUCUGUAGUAAUGGCGCCUGUGGUAAGAGAUAUGAUACAGAUUGCUCACUGAAAAUGCAUGAAAGAGUUCAUGCUGUUGACAAAUUCCAAUGCAAGCACUGCAAAGAAGCCUUCCUCGGACUGAAGCAACUAGAGCUUCAUUCUCAACUGCAACACAAUGAUAAAUUUGCUUUCCAUUGUACCCGCUGUGGGCGUGGUUACAUGUUCGAGAAAUUUUUAGAAAAACACGUCAAGUACUGCAAUGAUUCACUCCAGCAGCUCGCUUAUACUGUAACCAAGUCUAAAAAGCCUAUUGUCCGCUGUGAAAACUGUGGUUUGAUAUUUGCAAAAUUCAAAGACCUCCGUGUACAUAUGACACUCGCCCAUGGUAGUGAAACUUACAAAGAUUAUCAAUGUCUUAUUUGUGACAGUCAGUAUGAUUCUUACAUCCAACUUUCGAAGCACUCGAAACAUCAUUUCAAAGAUGCAACAAACCCUGGCUCAUAUUGUUGUCCCAAGUGUAAGAUCCAAAGCUCCGACUGGGAGGUGAUGAUGAAUCAUGUGUGCGGGAGCGUACUUCCAAAACGUGGUGAAUCCAGCAGGUUUGGCAAUCUUGAAGGCCCUCCUCAUAUUGAAAGUGAAAGCAAACUUCCCAGGAAGAGUCCUCGAAAACCAGUGCCCAAGUAUGACUCUGAUGAUGAUUAUGUGACUCCGCAAAGUCGCUCUGUCAACUCUCGUCAUCAUGCAGCUUCAUCCUCACAUUACAGUGCUGGUCCCAGUUAUUCGAGGACAGGUGGAAAAAGUAAACCAUCAGGCAGGUUCAGCUCAAAAUCUGUGGUCAUACAAGAAGAUGAGUACGCAAGUGAAGAGUAUGAGGAGGAGAUGCCAUCGCAUCCAAUCGUAAAUGAAGAUGCCAACCUUAUCUAUCAUUGCUCAUUCUGUAGUUCUAAUUUUGAUCACAUUCAAACGCUACAGAAGCACUUGACAGAUGACCACAAUCUUAGUUUAAAUAGCCUUGAGUUUCAGUUAGUUGAGUGAAGUGAAAGAAUGUGCCGUAUACUUUCUUUCAAACAUUCUUUACUCAGAAUCUGCUCUCCUAAUGAAGCUCCUUGAUUUACAAAGACAGCAAAUUGUCGUCCUAGCCUAUUAUUGAUGACCAGCUAGCUAUCUUCGUUAAAACGUUUUGGUCUGUCCCAAUCUGUCCUUGCAGGUUGAAUAAAAAGGAUUAUUUGAACUCCAAUUCUUGUCGGGAGCAAAUUUUUUUUGCUUUCAUAAUUUAGCUCCUGAAAAAACAUCAGCAUAAUGUAACAAAAAAAGUACGUACAAACAUCAGACACUUUGGGUCUUCAAGCAGCAGUGCAACAGAAUAAUGUGGUUCCUAUUCAGUGUCGCUGUCUCUUGUGCGGCAUAUUUUGCAAUAUGUCUGGGUGAGAUAAGAAAAAAAGUAGGGGGAAAUUUUUCAUAACCAACAAAUCAAUAGCCUUACAUGACAAAUUAUUAAUGUAACAGCCCUUAUUUUAUGACGAAAUUAAUGAAUUUCAACAUACAUUAAAAUCUUGACACCCGUUCAUUAUUUUAUUUAUCUGAAAUUCUCUAUACUGUUAGCUGCAGUGAUGUUUGUCAACUUUCAUUAUUUUAAAUCUUGCAUAUUAGAUUGACAAUAGUAAUUUUGACUGAAUGUGUCAUAAUUUUACUAUUUUUCUCUGAUUUAAUUCUGUUUGAGUCAUCAGAUGUGAAUUGAAUUGAAGUAACUUUAUUUGCCAUGUCCUCAAAAUCCUGUUCCUCCCCGAAACCUGUAGUUUCAUGUAUGCAAAAAAAAGGGGCAAGUGUCCUACAGUUUUCCAAAGAGUAGAAACAUCUUAACCAUUUAGGUAAGAUAUUCUACCCUUCAAUGUUUAAUAUUGUAAGUAAUACAAGUCUAUUUACCUACUAUAAGUCAUAAGUCAUCUCUUUUUUUAUUUGCUUUGAAGUACUAGGAAAGUUAAUUUUAUUUAAUUUUUCAUGGAAGCAAGUUUUACCUUAUGAUGUUCAUACCUAUUUAUUCUCAGUGUAAAUGUAUUUAUUUUCCCAUUUAAUUCUUGAUUCUUUUUAUUGUACAUACUGUAUUACUACAUAUGGUGUUGUGUUCCACAUUUAUGCUUAUUGUUAAAAGUGUGAGUGCCCUAAGUAUAUAAUUUUAAAAGCUGAUAAUGAAAUGUAAGAUAUAAGUACAUAUGUAUUUUCUCUCCUGACUCUGUAAAUAUUGUUUUCUUUUCAAAUAAAUCUCUUUUCAUUAUUAAUAA